CUGACAUCUUUCACAUUCACGUACAUCGUUCUGUCUGUUGUAGUUCUGAGUUCUGUAGGCUGGAUAAGGUUUUUGGUAUUUUUCUGUAGAGGUAGAGUGCAAUUAAUGGAGGUUUAAAGUUUUAUUAACUAAGUACCUCUUUUUAAACCAGAAGAACAUGUCUGAUGAAGGAGGUCCUAACGUAAAAAGUCUUCGUGAUUUUCGGUAUCAAAAGAAACCGCUACUUACACAAGAUGGUCUCAGUCUCAGUUCUUCUCCAUCAUCUGAAUCGAGACCCCGAAGUCGAAUUUUGCCAGUCUCGUCGGAUUCAGAUACCGAAACUGAAACAACAACCAAAACAAUACACCCUGAAACAGCAACCAAAACAACUGAACCUGCAAAUAUAGCACAACCUGCCCCUACAACAACAACCACAACAACUGAUCCUGUGAAUACGGCAGAGCCCCCACAAAAUGAAAUAAUUUCUGAAAUGAAAUGGAGCGAAGUGGAUACAUCAGUAUCCACUGAUUCAGUGGCCAAUUCAAGUCUAGCCCAGAAAAGUGAUACAGUAUCUAACGCAGCACAACAGUCAGUGCCACAGCCAGUCACUCCUGUCCAAGUUGCUAAUAACAGCAUUGUUACUAUGAAAUUCAAUGGUUCCUAUACACCGAGGACUACAAAGAAUCCUUCGGUUUUAGAGAAGGAAAAGCAAAUGAAGUUUUUGUUGGAAAUAUUUCCCAAUUUAGAUGCUAUGAAAAUUCAUAACUGUCUUUCCAAACACAGUUUCAAUACAGAUGCAGCUGCUGCAGAAUUGUCAAAGUUUUACAACAAACCUGUUGACCAUGCUUACACAGACUGGAGACAGGAUCACGACAAGAAGAUAGAAGAAGCCAAGAAAUAUGAAUUGGCCAAUACCCAACUGUUUAUUAGAAAUGUUCAGCAAACUCAACAAAACCAACAAAUUCAACAAACUCAACAAACUCAACAAAACCAACAAAUUCAACAAACUCAAGGUGUUAAAAGGGAACAAGAGGACCAGUUAAAAAAGAAGAAAGUAAAACGAAAGAAAACUUAUGAUAGUGAUGACAGUACUGGAAAUCAGGAGUAUAAAGAUGACAAAGUGUUUGAUAGCGACGAAGAUUCAGACGUAGAAAUUAGUUAUGAACUGACAGGUGAUAGGAAAAAAGUAUUUGACUUUUUCCAGAGCGCUACUCUCAAUGAAUUGCAAUUGAUUAGCACUUGUUCCAAGAAGAAAGCAGAAGCUAUUGUAGAUUUACGACCGUUUGCUGACUGGAAAGAUCUGAUAACGAAAAUAGAGAACAGCAAGAACUUGGGUGGAGAUUUACUCAAUUAUGGCCAAGAAGUGAUUCACACUCGAAAUAACGUUAAGCAUUUAAUGAAGAAAUGUACAAAUCUGGCACAGCAAUUAGAGAGAGCUGUGGCUGCGGGGGCCGGUGUUAAGGAGCAGCCUAGUAUAUUAUCCUCGUCUCUAAAACUCACGAGUUAUCAAAUGGUAGGCUUGAAUUGGUUAGCGGUGUUGUAUUCUCAAGGCGUCAACGGCAUCUUGGCGGAUGAAAUGGGGUUGGGAAAAACGGUACAAAUUAUAGCGUUCCUCGCCCACUUAAAAGAGACUGGAGCUGCUACCAGUACUCACCUGGUUAUAGUGCCUUCGUCAACACUAGAUAAUUGGAAAAACGAAUUUGCAAGAUGGUGUCCCCAAUUGCGAGUAUUUAUGUAUUACGGAAGCCAAGAUGAACGACGGCAGUUCAGAAUUGACUUAUCUAAAGGGAUGCUAGCUGAGUUCGAUGUCAUACUCACAACGUAUACGCUGGUUGGAAAUAGUUCAGAAGAGAGAAAAAUGUUCCGAGUGACAAGGAUGCAUUAUGUAAUCUUCGAUGAAGCACAUAUGUUGAAAAAUAUGAAUACUCUUCGGUAUGAAAAUUUAAUUAAGAUAAACGCUAAACAUAGGAUACUGUUAACCGGCACUCCGUUACAAAAUAAUUUAUUAGAACUAAUGUCGCUGUUGAUAUUUGUGAUGCCGAAUAUAUUCGCUGAAAAAACGGUGGACUUGAAAAACUUAUUCCAAAAAAAUUCUAAAAAAGCAGAAGACGACUCUCUACCUACCUUCGAAAAGGAGCAAAUUGAACAAGCCAAAAGAAUUAUGAAACCUUUCCUUUUGCGAAGACUGAAAUGUGACGUCCUUCGGGAUCUUCCCAAGAAAACGGACCACGUUAUCCACGUACCUAUGACCCCAACACAAAAAGAGAACUACGAACAAUUGGUGGCUUCCUACAAGAACGUUAACGCAAACGGCGAAAAUUCGUAUACCGGUAUGAGUAUUAUGACAGAUCUGAGAAAAUUGGCCAAUCAUCCUUUACUGAUGAGGUUCCAUUACGACCAAGAAAAGAUGGAGGAAAUUGCCAAUUUGUUAGCUUUAGAUCCAGGUUAUAAGGAUACCGUAGUACAAUAUAUUGUGGAAGAUUUGAUGUUCAUGUCUGACUUUGAAAUACACACCUUAGCCAUGGAAUUUGAGUGUUUAAGCAGAUUUCUACUGCCAGAUGAGUACAUGCUAGCCUCGGGUAAGUUCAUACAGCUCGACAAAAUGUUGGUAGAACUGAAGGAAAACAAUCAUAGAGUAUUAAUCUUCAGCCAGUAUGUUAUAAUGUUGAAUAUAGUGCAAGAAUAUUUAAGGAUUAGGAAUUAUAAGUAUAUGCGGCUAGAUGGAAGUACAGCCGUAAGUAUUAGGCAGGACCUUAUAAACGAAUUCACCGACGACCCCAGCUACUUCAUCUUCCUCUUAUCGACCCGAGCUGGAGGUCUAGGAAUCAACCUGACGUCCGCGGACACGGUCAUCAUACACGAUAUCGACUUCAAUCCGUACAAUGACAAACAAGCAGAGGACAGGUGUCACCGAAUGGGUCAAAGCAGGCCAGUUACAGUGUACAGGUUAAUUUCGCAAGGGACGAUCGAAGAGGGCAUGCUGGAAAUGAAUAAAGAAAAAUUGAAGUUGGAGAGGGAAAUUACGGCUGAUGAAUCCGAUAAUCCAGACGUCAAGAGUGUUGUGAGGCUGCUAUCAUCCGCAUUAGGCAUCGACUCGUCUAAAGCUUCAACCUUGGCAACAGCUACACCAAAAAAGAAAUCCUGAACGUUACAUGUUUAAAAGAAUUUUGUACACUUUUUACGUAAAUAUUACCUCGUUGGUAGGAUUAAUAACGUUUGUUACUUGUCUAUUAGAUUCAUGGGAUAUAAUAUUCAGUUCACGAAAACCUGCACAGUGGUUGAUCCAUUUUCUUCGUUUGUUUUAGUUCUCUAUAUAUUUUAAAGAUUUUAAAUAAAAGUAUUUUUUCAAUAUGA